GGAAUUUGGAGUCAAGUUUCUGUUGAAAAUGUUCCGACUAUACUUUAUUUACAUAACUGUAUUUGUAUUCAUCGUACAAGCCGCUGUAAAAGACAAAUCCGCACACGAUGUCGAAAAAGAAAUUGAAAACAAUGAUGAAAGAUUCAAUGAAUUAAAAGAUAAAAUGAAAGAUGGUGAUUUCAAAAACAUUGAUGAAUAUAUUAGUUGUACAUCCGCGCGUUUAAAAGGUGAAGAAGGAUUGCGAAUGAUGAAAGAUAUAGUUACCAAUCAUUCAAAUGCUAAGGAUAAAUGUUUGGAAAAUAAAACUUCAAUUUUCGAAGUUGAAAUGGAAUAUUUCGGAGAGACUGGAUAUUUGAAUAGCUUGAUGAAAGAUAAACAGUCAUACAUGGAUUUAUUGGAUUUGCUGUCAUAUAAGUUUGUAAUCAAUGAACUUGGUGGUUGUUCGAGUCUACAACAAACCCAUAUGUCAUUACUCUAAUUUUAGUUGAAAAUGAAUAUCUGUCAGAUAUCGAGAAAGAAAUUGAUCGUCAAUCUUAAAGUCGUG